AUGCCAGACACAAAUACACCACCCACCCUAAAUGAGUCAGACCAAGAGCUAUACUAUGAGGAAGGUGAAGAGGAUGAAGGGAGUGAGGGGGGACAUUCAGAUAUCUGCAGCAUCCUCUCUGAUGACUCUGUCUGCCCUGUCUAUGAAUCUGCUCCGUCUGGCAAUGAUGAUGGCAUGGAGCUCACAUUCUACCGGCUCUGUCUCAAGAACGAUGCAAAGCUCUUGCAGGAGAAACUUGAUAGGAGGGUGACCAGAGAAGAAGUCAUGGAACUGGAUAUCAAUGGACGGAAUGGCCUAUUGGUGGCAUGUUUCAAGGGCUUCGUAGACAUUGUCACUGUCCUCAGCAAAUGCCCAUACCUAGAUAUCAAUCAUCAGGAUAAUGAUGGAAACACAGCACUCAUGAUAGCAGCUCAGGCAGGACACAUUACUAUUCUUAACUAUCUUCUGAACUACUAUCCAACAUUAGAGCUUGAGAUGAGAGACUUCAGGGGUCUGACUGCGCUCAUGAAGGCUGCGGUACAAGGGAGGAAUGAGUGUGUCGCAGCUUUGCUCAUGGCAGGAGCUGACCUCACUGCUGUGGACCCAGUUAAAGGAAAGACAGCACGGGAGUGGGCAGCCCUGACUGGGCGCUUUGAAACGAUUGUACGGAUCUGAACCCUUCUGCAGCGCCCGUGCGCCGAGCAGUUCUGCAACAAGUACUUGCCACAAUGGCCCAUUCUGCCUGAGUUGGUGGCAAAAGCAGCGGGCACAAAACCCAGAGCCAAACACCUGUUGGAGACAAUCUGCUCCACCUUCACAAUCAAUUUCCCACACGACCCUGAGCCAGAUGGUGUGAUGGAUCACAUGGUGCGCAUGACCACUUGCUUGGCCAGCCCGUUUGUGACCACUGCUUGCCAAACUGUCUGUCCUGGUAGCCCACCAGAAGUGGGCAAGCAGAGACUCUCAGUGCCAGAGAUCCUCAAGGACACACCAGAUCCUGGCACCAAAUCCAUGGUCAGCGCAUCAUCCUGCAAUGGGCAACUCAUGACACCAACCCAGGUUCUGCUGCCGUACCAACCCCACAAUACCAUUGUGAAGCUGCUGUCUUUUUCCUUGUGCAUGCGACACAACAGCAUCUUCCCUGGAGGGAUCCCAAAAAUCGAACUCACCAAGUCGCCUGCCCAGUCACCUCCCAAAGAGAACGAGCCGCGACGCUCCAAGGACAAGAAUACAUUGCAGCUGCCACAACGGCAGUAUAAAGAGCUCAAGGAAGAAAAGAAGAAAGAAGAGGAAGAAGGAGAAGAAGGGAAACCCAAGAAGAAAGAGAAGGGCAAGGGGAAAGGAAAAGGCAAAAAAUCGUAA